AUGCCGGCCCCACCUUUUACUCCACAGCCUUUGGAGUCGUGUCUCUUGUCUGUCGACAUCCUCGAGAAAUGGUCUUCGCUAAUCCAGUCUUGGUGCCGGCAUCACCGUCAAUACCGUCUCUCCCUGAUCGAUGCCGUUGAGACCCCACUAUUCCACAACACAACCCUGCGGAAGCGUCUUGAUCUGCGCGAGGCUCGCGCGGUCAUCGACUGGAUGACCAAGAGUGAAGAAGAAGGCGGCGGCGGCCGGCGAGCGGAGUGGAUAUCUGAUGCUGGAGGUGCUUCGUCUUUAGGAGGCUUGGGAAAUGGUGCUGGGCAGGGACCGAAGGCUGUUGCGUGGAUUUGGUGGAGGAGGCCUGAGGAGUGGGCAGAUGUCUUAGCUGAAUGGGUUGAGGAAACUGGGCAGAAGGGAUCGGUUCUGACGGUAUAUGAGCUUAUUCAUGGGGAGGGUGCCAUGUCGCAGGAGUUCCAUGGCAUGGAUAUCGACGUCAUGCUACGCUCGCUGAAUGUCUUGGUUAAGAGAGGCAGGGCGCAGAUUUUUGGUGGCGAGGGCCAGGAGGGUGUUAAGUUCUUCUGA